UCGUAUGGUCCCGGUAUAUAUUCCUCGUAUGGCCCAGGUAUACACUCUCAUGACCCUGGUAUAUACAUAGACAAUCUUCGCCUGGCCUUGGAAUGUACACUCGGCAGACUGGUAUACCUUCUCGUCCCUUGGGGCAUUUCCUGCUAUAUAAGUGGUAUUGUACCUGUCUACGGAGGACAAAAUAGCAUUGUGUACAACGGUGCUUCCUGAUUUGAAUUGAAUUGAUACAAUUAAGAUGAGGAAGGACGAUUCCUUAUUGAGUUAGAAUCAUACAACACAAUGAGCCAUUAAGGUUACGCCUGAAUUAGUCGCCGUGAACUAGCUAUAGCUUCUUCCCCCUUAAACAAAAACCAAUAUGUGCAUCUUUGAAUGUCCCUGUUGUCUGGUACUGGUAUGUUGAUAUAGUUUUUCAACGCUAUAAAUGAAACCUAUUAUCGAAAGUAUCAUCUCACAGAUAUCUACGUUUUCUAUGCAUCGGAUUCGAUUGGUUAGUGAGUUGCUUGGGUUCAUACCUUUCCGGUAAGCUUAGGUUAUGUUUUUCACACAAGAGUGGCAAGUCAAGAGGACGCGCUGCGCAUCCAGUUUGGAUGGAUACCCUUCUUCACUUACAGAAGAUGGUGGGCCCCCCACUUACAAGGCACACAGACAGCCAUAGAAUUUCCACACGGUGAAAUAACGAAAAAGACGAAACUAAUGACACCCGAAGGACUGAGAGAGAGACUCCUGACGGAUGACAAGAUAGAUAAUUUUGUUGAUAUGGAAAGCGGCUCGGCCACACCUGGUGUUUUACAUGCUUUAGUCGUUCGUUAGUUGUGUCGAUGACUUAUUGUUGUGCCAUACACUGUGCCUUGAACGUCGUCACACAGUAAAAGCGUACUUUUGUGCUGUGAGUCAGUGCCAAUCAGUGCAUAUUUAUACAAUAACAAACCCUUAGCCCUGACGAGCUAAGCGCAGCAGCAUUAAGUCACUGAACAGUGUUGCCGAAGAAUUUUGGGCACAGACUCGCCCAGGAAGGAUUGCUUGUUAUCCGGAUAGGUCCCUUGGAACCCUGGCGAUGCUAGGGAAAUGGGACUGGUGGCUUCUAGGGACGGUUUUGCUGGGAUUCGUCCUGGAAGCCUACUCUCAACGUCCUGCUGAAGGUCGCUCCAAGAGGCAGGAUGGCAUCAGCUUCAGCAUCCCGGUGUUGGACAAUGGCGGCAACAGGCGCCAGAGACAAGACAACAACCCCAUCGCCUCCGCCAUCGGCUCCUUCAUCAACACCUUCAUCAGACCCCCGCACAAUCCUAGCCCUAACGGCCAGCCCAGCAGGCCGGGAAACAGCGAGGUGGGCAAUCUGAACAUCGGCGGGUUACCCGUCACAGUAACGAGCGGCCAGAAUGGCAUCGGUAUAUCAUUUGGACAAAACGCAGCAGCAGCAGGAGCGGGCGGAGGUUGUCGCCUGGACAAUGGUGGGUGUGAGCAAGUGUGCCGUCACACCCGCCGGGGCAUCCGCUGCUUCUGCGACCCGGGCUACUUCCUCAACCCCGACCGCCAGACCUGCUCAGACCUCGACGAGUGUCGCUUCAACAAUGGCGGGUGCAGUGAUCUGUGCAGCAACACCCUAGGCUCCUUCACGUGCUCGUGCGCUCAGGGUAACCUGCAGCCCGACCAACGCACCUGCUUUGACGGAGGAAACACCUGCGCCAUCAACAACGGAGGGUGUUCAGAGAUCUGCUUGGAGAGUGAGGAAGGUGUGAGGUGCUUGUGUCACCCCGGGUCCACGGUCGGCCGCGACGGCCAGUGCCUUCAGUUAGACCUCUGCCUGAACAACAACGGCGGCUGUGAAGAAACCUGCUCCAGCACCCAGCAGGGAGCUGUCUGCUCCUGCGGCCCCGGCAAGACACUAGCGACGGAUGGACGAAGUUGUAAGGUCUUGGACAAGUGUAGCCUCAACAACGGCGGGUGUCAGCAGAUCUGUGACAACACUCCGGGAGCUUUCCAUUGCAAAUGUGUCGGUGGCUUCCUCUUGCUCGACGACGGCCGCUGCCAGGCCAUUAUCCAGACAACACCCCGCACCACCACCUCCACCACCACCACCUCUACCACCACUUCUACCACCACCACCUCCACAACCACAACAACCACAAAGCCAUCAACUGGAGGCGAAGAACCUCGGCCAACUCGCGGAUGUGGUAUCAACACAAAGAAAUCGCUCUUCAACCGCAUCGUUGGGGGCAAGCCUGCGGAUCCCAAGGACUGGCCAUGGAUGGCGGCCCUCCUGAAGAGCUCAACUAAUACCCAGUACUGCGGGGGCACUCUUGUCACAGACAGACACAUUCUUACAGCUGCCCACUGCCUCAAACCGUUCACAGCCAAGGACAUCCGGGUGAGGCUCGGGGAGUACACAUUUGACCAGACAGUCACCAGCGACGCCAUCGACUUCGGCGUCACAGAAUUCCGGAUGCACGAAAGGUAUGACUCGAAGACCCAGGAGAACGACAUUGCCCUGGUGAAGCUGGACAAACCUGCCACCUUUAGCGAGACCAUCUGGCCGGUGUGUCUACCGCCACCACAAACCUCCUACCAGGGACGCGAUGGCUAUGUCACAGGUUGGGGUACGAUAUACUACGGGGGCCCCGUGAGCCCGACGCUACAGGAGGUGGUUGUGCCCAUCUGGUCCAAGCAAGACUGCAGCUCAGCCUACCCUUCUAAGAUCUUGCCUGGCAUGAUGUGUGCCGGCAGCAAGACAGGUGGCAUGGAUUCGUGUCAGGGUGACUCCGGAGGACCCUUCCAGGUGCAGGACUUCCGCAGUCGUCGGUGGUACGUUGCCGGGGUGGUGUCGUGGGGCGAGCGGUGCGCCCUGCCAGAGAAACCUGGAGUCUACACUGAGGUCGCUCUCUUUGUCGACUGGAUCAAGAGUAAUGCCAUCUUCUAGUUCCUGUCCCCCUGGGACAGGAAGGAAGAUAUAAUGUUCUACGUAGAGAUGGCCUUCAUCAUAGACUAAAUCAAAAUCAAUUUCACCCUCUCGUCGUAGCUGACUGGGAAUAAUAGGGAAAUUAAAAAGAUAUAUAUAUGAUUUUCUGUUUGAGGUGGCCAUUACGACAUAAACUUUCCUUCCUUACAAACUACAGCUACAUUAACCUGCCUUUCUAGCGGGAACUUGACCAUUACCUUCCAUUAUCUGUGGACCCGCUCCCGUCUACACCCUUACAACUCGACUUUGAAAUCAAUCCUUUAAUUUCUUUCUUCAUGUUGUGUGCCUGAGUACACAGCAUGUGCUUGCAGGGCUUGAGCUUUGGCUCUCUGGUCCCACCUCUCAAAAGUCAAUCAACUGGUGUACAGAUUCUGGAGCCUAUUGGGCCCUUAUCAAAUCUACAUUUGAAACUGUGUAUGGAGUUAGCCUCCACCACAUCACUGCCCAAUGCAUUCCAUUUGUUAAAUACUCUAGACACUGAAAAAAUUGUGUGUUAUCUCACAUUAAACAGCGUCAUGUUCUGUGGUCAAUUGUGUGCUAAAGAAAGAUAAGGUGCGUCAUGUUCUGUGGCCUGAUGUGUUAAAAGAAAAAAUAGAUUCGUCAUGUUCUGUGGCCAAAUGUGUGACACAAAGAUAAGAAGCGUCGCGUUCUGCGGCCAAAUGUGUGUUACAGAAAAAAUCUAAAGCUUCGUAGUGUUGAAGUUAUUUACGUAGUUUGGGGGGUAUUAUUACUGUGGGCAUUCAGCACUAAGUAUAUUUGAUCCGUUAUAUAUAAACUUGUAUUUAGAUUACGCUUUAAUAUUAUAAGUGUGGCCUUAUUUAAUAUGCAACCUCUCUCCCUUCAAAUAAACCACUGUAAUUUGCUCUUAUGUAUAUUUUCUGAAUAAAAAUAUUAUAAUGA